CUGACUGAAAAUGGCAGAAAAAGUCUUAGAGAAGUUCGAUAUUCUGGAUGAACAGGCAAAGAUACUCUUGGCCAGAAGAGCGAAGAAAAACAGCCUUCAGAGUCAAGGAAAGAAAAAUACUUCGGUUACACCCCUGACGUUUGACUUUCACUUAGAAUUUGAAGAGGCCAUUGUUCCAUCCAUAUCUAAGAAAGUACCCAGGAUCACAGAAGAUAAUUCAUACAGAAUUAAAAAAGCAAAAAGAUAUGUCUUCUUCAAAGAUGAACCUGAACCUAGAGAGAGUGAUUUUGAAAAGUUCAAUUUAAGACCACACUUUGUACCAACAAAUAUAAAAAAUCAAGAAAGCAAGUUAAUAGAGCCCUUGAAAGAAAAUCUGAAAUCAAGAUCUUUUAGACCUUUUCUUUAUCUUAAGGAUACAGCUGAGGUGAAGAAUGCUAACCCUUUGCAUGAUUUAUAUUUAUAUCCACAGAAUACACAACCAUGUAGAAGAACACUGGGUCCUACCAUCAUUUCUCCUGCAUCCAGGAUUCAAUCCAAUGCUUACAGGAAGGAAAAAGACUCUACUUUAUUUGCAGCUCAAACUGUAAAAAACCCUGAGGAAUCAUUACAUUUGUCUGGUCACUUAGAAGACUGUAUCAAUGAAAGAAGAAAAUCUCCCCCACAGAUGGAUGAAUUUAGCACGGAAGAAAACAAAACCAUAAAAAAUGAUCAAUUAAGUGAAUAUUGCUCCGUAAGAAAGAAAAGCUUGCUUCCCUUGUGCUUUGAGGAUGAAUUGAAAAAGCCAAAUGCCAAGAUAAUCAACAUUAGUCCACCAAAGGCAAUAACGUCUCACGUGGAACAAAAUGACACAAAUCCCAUAAUUUUCCAUGAGACUGGAUAUGUACAAAUGUUACUUUUGACAAAAAAUAAGCUUCCUUUCCAUCCUAUAGAAAAGGAAAACAUUUACCCAUAUAAAAGAGCAGAUUUUGUUUUAGAAAGAAAUUGUGAAAUCUUCAAAUCUUUAAUUAGUGAUCAAUUUAUUAUCCCUUCCAAACCUAAAAGAAUUAUGCCUACAACAUGGAAAAGAGAUAUACAAGCAAUAUCUUUUGAAGUGGGCCAUAGAGUUGUAGAGGGUAAACUAAGAAAGAAAGCUAAUAAGCAGACACUUGAAAACUUAUCCUGGAGUAAACUGUACAAUUUCUCACAGACUUUUUCCAGCCUAACAAAAAAAUUUGUUGGCUCCUUUGAUAAAAGUGUUAUUCAAGAAAUGAGUGCUAGACAUGGCAACUUUGAAAGAAUGUUUUCUACAGUAAAACCAAGGAGCAAAUUCAGUGCCUUACCAGUCAAACAUUGCUCAAAGCCUUUAAAAAAUAUACUCAAAGUCCAUAAAUUAAAUAAUGUAACACCAAUGGAUGAUUUGUUAAACUAG